GCUGUGAUGGGUUGACAGGUGCGUGACAGUCGGAGCUCUCUGCAGGCAUGUACGGCAAAGGCAAGAGCAACAGCAGCGUCCCGUCCGACAGCCAGGCCAGGGAGAAAUUAGCACUGUAUGUAUAUGAAUAUCUGCUCCAUGUAGGAGCGCAGAAAUCAGCCCAGACGUUUUUAUCAGAGAUAAGAUGGGAAAAAAACAUCACACUGGGGGAGCCCCCAGGAUUCUUGCAUUCCUGGUGGUGUGUAUUUUGGGAUCUCUACUGUGCAGCUCCAGAAAGACGAGAAACAUGUGAACAUUCAAGUGAAGCAAAAGCCUUUCAUGACUAUAGUGCUGCAGCAGCUCCCAGUCCAGUGCUAGGAAACAUUCCCCCAGGAGAUGGCAUGCCAGUAGGUCCUGUACCACCGGGUUUUUUUCAGCCUUUCAUGUCCCCUCGGUACCCUGGAGGUCCAAGGCCACCUUUAAGAAUACCCAAUCAGGCACUUGGAGGUGUCCCAGGAAGUCAGCCAUUAUUGCCUAGUGGGAUGGACCCAACACGGCAGCAAGGGCAUCCAAACAUGGGUGGGCCAAUGCAGAGAAUGACUCCUCCAAGAGGAAUGGUUCCAUUAGGACCACAGUCUGACCCUUGGUUAUCAUUGCAGAACUAUGGAGGUGCAAUGAGACCCCCUCUGAAUGCUUUAGGUGGCCCAGGGAUGCCUGGAAUGAACAUGGGCCCUGGGGGUGGUAGACCAUGGCCAAAUCCAACCAAUGCCAAUUCUAUACCUUAUUCUUCAGCAUCUCCUGGGAACUAUGUAGGUCCUCCAGGAGGUGGAGGCCCACCAGGAACACCCAUCAUGCCUAGUCCUGCAGAUUCAACCAACUCUGGAGACAACAUGUACACUUUAAUGAAUGCAGUACCACCUGGACCCAACAGACCCAAUUUUCCCAUGGGCCCAGGUUCAGAUGGACCUAUGAGUGGACUGGGUGGAAUGGAUUCACAUCAUAUGAAUGGAUCAUUAGGCUCAGGAGACAUGGACAGUAUUUCCAAAAACUCUCCCAGUAAUAUGAGCAUGAGCAAUCAGCCUGGCACUCCCAGGGAUGAUGGUGAGAUGGGUGGAAACUUCCUAAACCCUUUUCAGAGUGAGAGCUACUCCCCUAGCAUGACAAUGAGUGUGUGAUCCGUUAACAAGUCUCGCCACGAAGACCACAGUGAGUUGGCCCUCUUCAGAGAGCUACCGCAGAAGAAAAUUAUUCGUCCCAGUGUACAGUUUAACAAAAGGAUCUCUGACACAAUCAGACCCACCUCUGGUGGUUUGGUUUCUUUUAUUUUAUUUUCUCUGCCAUCUCCCCCAUUCUGUCAAGAAAGUGGGUCCCAAACAUGAUUGAGACAACUGUAAAGAGUGGCAUAACAAAACUGCCCAAGAUGGAACUGCAAACAAUUAUCUGUGUAUGUACAUGUGUGGGUUAAACGUAUAUGUAUGGGUGUGCAAUAUAGAAAUACACACAUACAAAUAUAUAGCCCACAGGACAUUGUAAAAUAUUAUCCCAUUACAUCUUAAGUAGAAAUGAGAAGUAGGGACUUUUAUUAUUUUUUUUUCCCUUCACGUUUACAUUUUAAUUAUUAAAAUUUGCUUUCCCUCUCCCCUCCUGAAUUGUUUUAUGUUGCAUAUAUCACUGCUUUAUAAGUUAUUUUUUAAGGUGAACUCAAAUGAUAAAUUCUUCUGAUUUUGUAAAUGUCUGCCAUUAUGGAUAGGAAUAAAAUUGCUUAUAAGAGCUUUCAUUAACUUGUGUUUGAUACCAGUUACCCUGUGAAUCACAAACUGUACUGUCUCAAGAAAUAGAAGAAAGCUCAUCUUAUUUUUUUUGAGAAAUUUAAUAAUUUUCACAAAACUUUGGGGAUUUUUUUUUGUACUUUGCCUUUAAAAAAAAAAGAAGCACUGAAGGUUAUUUUUCUUCAUUAAUUGAAGCAUAAUAUCUGCAAUAUCUAUUUUAAAUGGAAGCCUGAAUUUGAUACAAGCUUCUCAGUUUAUAUAGAGUACUAUAAGGUUACUGUAAGUGAGCUCCAAUUGCUAUAGAAUCUAGCAAUAAAGUGUUAUGACUUCUUCAGCCCUUGGAAAUGAGUUUUCUAUUUAGCAUGAUCUUCCUUAUGGGUGAUAGUUAGUGGGAAUACAGUAGAUUUCUUUUCUAACAAUUUACUAUUAUAUACCCCAUUUUCAGUGGUUUUCAACCAAAUUGUAACAAUCCAUGAUCCUAAUUAUAAACAGUAUUCCCCAGGGCCAUUCAGAAAAUCAGGUCAGCCUGCUACUCGGCUGUGUGUAUUUCACGAUGUCUACCAGAAUUUAUUCCCUCAAAACUUGUCAGUAAGCUGUUCUUUUGUUUAGAGCCAAAAUGACAGUCAGCUUUUGAUGACUAGUAGUCUUGUGAGGGUCUUACCUUUUCCCAUCAACCCAGGAGGAACUGAGGUCUAGGCCAUUUUAUAAGGAGGUCAGCCUAUUAUACAUGAAAGCUGAGGACAGAAUGGAGAAAAGGAAUGCGUGGUCUUAGGGAAAUACUUCUGGAAGCAAUGCCAUGUCUCUUCAGGCAAAGCUCUAAAACCAAGAUGGUGAUGCAUUUUGUUCCAGCACCCCUCAAGAAAACAAAAAAAUUUCAGUUCUGUAGUGAUGAAAAGGUUGAUAAUUGGCAAUGCAGGCACAAAGUAGUUGAACAGAAAUUUGUGCCACAGAUUGAAAAGCAAAGUCCCCUCCUCGGGCCUUGCGUAUAGAGAAGCUGGUUACGUAGUAAGAGCAGUUCUGAGAUAGGAUUAUGUCCGUGAAGGUUUGCAGUGAGAUUUCUUCAAUGAACUUAUGAUAAGGAAGCAUAUGUAAUGGGUUUAUUGUGAUGGUAGCUGCACAUAACAGGAUGUGUAAAGAAUACUGCAAUCUCCUAACUAAUUUUUAUUUUCAUAUAUAAUUACAUACAUAAUAGAUGAAAGUAAAAAUAACACUUUUUACUUUUUUGUUAGGGCUACUCAAAGAUUGAACUUUUGGAGGCUUAAAAUUAUGUUAAAAUAUUCAAAAAUUAUGGUGGCAUUAAUCCUAAUAAUUAUUUCAAUUAGCUGUAAACAUAAAUUAGGUAGCCAUUGUUUGGUUUUGUCAACUUUACUCCCAGUGGCAAUGAAAAUUAGUUCAAUUGCCUGUCUUUGGAAGACACUUUGUUGCUGGCUCAAAAGAUUCUAGAAGCCCCUACUACUGAUUUGAGUUACAAAACCACAAAACCAGAUCUAAUUUCCUCAGACCCUUUGCUAUUGUCACUAAUACCACUGAUUUCAGUGGGUUUGUCCUCAGUGCACACCACCUUCUCUCACAAGCACGGCAGGGUCCAGGCAUCCUUGCAGCCUGCAUUUGGCAUUUAUAUCAUCCUUGGUAGCCUUCUAAGGACUUCAGGCCCAGCUUCAGUCAGGUAAUGUCACUGCUACUGGACUAAGAUAGAUGGAUACGUCUAGACUGUGCAUCAGGUGCUAAAGCCCAUUAACACACCAGAUAAGUGUGCCCUCAGGUGAGCUCCUUAAACCAUUGAGUGCAUCUGGGGUCAGCUCUUUAUCUCCAGGGAACCCCCUGUCCUCUCUUAUGCCAAGAUGGAGCUCCUGAAGGCAAGCAGUGUGUCCAGUAGCCAUGCAGCUGCUUCCUGCAGUGGCAUCACUGAGGGCUCUCUUACAAGGCAGAGCAUGUGGAGCCACUGAAGCUUCAUACUGUGGCAAAAUCAAGCAGUGUCGAGGCUUAGUAUUAAUCAAAGCCUUGAUUUUUUUUUUCUUUCUGAAUUUGGUACUAUCUGCAAUGUUUUACCUUAUAUGCACCUGUUAAGGAUGAAAGUCUGGCCAUUAAAUUAAACCUGUGCAAAGAAACCUCUUAAAUGGAGCUGCCAACACAUAUUGAAUGUCAUUAUCAGAAAAUGUUGUCCUGAUUUAUAUGCAAGAGCAUAACACCAUUUCAGGCACAUAAUUUUUCUCCUGUAGUUCUUUUGAACUCUUUUCUAUACAAUCUUCUGUUUCCCCUUUUCAAUUUCUUUUCCAAAACAUUUACAUCAUUAAACAGCAGCAUUAAUCUCAGUAAAUAUAUUCCUGGCUGUAAAAUGAAAGGAGAUCAGGCCCUUCUUCUUGUAACCUGUCAUUCUAUGCCCAGAUACUCCAAGUUGCUAGGCGUGAUCAGCCCUUCUCAUGCCUACAUAGCCCCAGAGACCAGUGGGUAAAAGAUGGGCAAGCUUGCAGAAGUUUAGAUUUGGGAGAUCUGCUUGAAUACUCACUGCCUAUCUUACUGUCAGAAUAUAAUGAAACAAAGUCUUCUUGGUUUCUGUAGGGAACGCUCACAUGUCUGUGCUUAUGGACAGGAGUAGAGUUACUUACAUGUGUGUUGGUAGGAUCAGGUGAUAAUAACCAUUCAUAAGUUCUGCAGUUGAAAACAGUCUUGCAUGCUAAAUACCCAACUUUAAAAUUCCACAUAUCCUUUUUGGUUUUAUUUUUAAAUAUGCAUUAAGCUUGUUCACUUGACUUCUUUCUUUUGCUUAUAAACCCUUGCAGGAUUUUAGUUAUAUCCAGUGUAAUAACAUGGAAAGAAAGACUUUUUCCAAGCAGACUUUUUAUUCCCACUAGUCUUUAUGCUAGAAACUAGAUACCAGUGUGUAAAGUAGCUGCUGUUUAUAUCUCUCCUUAUGGAACAGCGUUAUUGAUAAUGUCAGAACUUGUCCAGUUGCAGGAUAGUUUUUCCACAGUGGGUUUUCAGAUAGGUUUCUCUCUUUAAUAAAGCAAUCAUAAAUGGGUGAUUCAGGAAAGGUUAAAGUAAGGCAUUUUAAAAGCAGAAGUGAUGAAAUCUUAAGCAGCAGAAAUAGGGAGUAAUGAAGCUCUCUAUGAAAACUCUGGCAGGUAUUUUGGCCAUGUAUCAUAGUAUCAUAGUAUCAUCAGGGUUGGAAGAGACCUCACAGAUCAUCAAGUCCAACCCUCUACCACAGAGC